UUAAUCCCCAUCCCCAUCCUCCUCGCCUUCCUUUCCUUCGUUGUUCACUGCUUUCGACGUUCUCGCCCUUGGUCAGACUUCUAUCUACUUCUGUCGGCACAAUGGCCGCCUCUUCGUCUGCGGACGUCAUCGUUCUGUCCGUCGGCAUCGUCCUCGCUGCGCUCUAUCUCUUCCGCGAGCAGCUCUUUGCUGCGUCAAAGCCCAAGUCUGUCCAGGUACCCUCGUCAAAAGCUUCCGCCGCUACUGCUGCUUCCGGCAAUGGAAAUCCUAGAGAUUUUGUCGCAAAGAUGAAAGAAGGGAAAAAGCGCAUCGUCAUCUUCUACGGCUCUCAAACUGGCACUGCGGAAGAGUACGCUAUUCGUCUCGCGAAGGAGGCAAAGUCCAAGUUCGGUCUGGCCUCGCUCGUAUGUGACCCCGAGGAAUACGACUUCGAGAACCUUGACCAGAUUCCUGAGGACUGCUGCGUCUUCUUCGUCGUGGCUACUUACGGUGAGGGCGAGCCCACGGACAACGCAGUGCAACUCUGCCAGAACCUGCCGGAUGAGUCUUUCGAGUUCUCGAAUGGCGAGCACAAGCUUCCCGGUCUUAAGUACGUUAUUUUCGGUCUCGGCAACAAGACAUACGAGCACUACAACAUUAUCUCGCGCAAUAUCGAUCGUGACCUGGAGAAGAUGGGUGCUACCCGCAUUGGCGAACGUGGCGAGGGUGACGACGACAAGAGCAUGGAGGAGGAUUAUCUAGAGUGGAAGGACGGCAUGUGGGAGGCAUUUGCCAAGGCCAUGAACGUAGAGGAAGGCCAGGGCGGCGACUCGCCCGACUUUGCCGUAACCGAAGUCUAUGAUCACCCGCAGGAGAAGGUCUACCUUGGCGAGCUGUCUGCUCGGGCUCUCACACGUACCAAGGGCAUCCAUGAUGCAAAGAACCCUUAUCCUGCGCCCAUCAUCGCUGCUAAGGAGCUCUUCGCCCCUGGUGCGGAUCGUAACUGCGUCCACAUCGAAAUUAGUACGGAGGGCUCGGGUAUCACUUACCAACAUGGAGACCAUCUCGGUGUUUGGCCGUCUAAUGCGGAUAAAGAGGUCGACCGCCUUCUCUACGCUCUCGGGCUGUAUGAGAAGAAGGACACCGUCAUCAACAUCGAGUCGCUCGAUCCUGCUCUUGCCAAGGUUCCGUUCCCGGUUCCGUCCACCUAUGACACUGUCCUUCGCCACUACAUCGACAUCAGCGCUCUCACAGGCCGUCAGAUUCUGGGUGCGCUUUCGAAGUUUGCGCCGACGCCCGAAGCGGAGUCAACUCUCAAGGACCUGAACGGCAACAAGGAGCGCUAUCAGAGUAUCGUCGCCAAUGGGUGCAUGAAGCUCGGCGAGGUCCUUCAGUACGCUGCCGGCAACGACCUCCAUGCGGCCCCGAACGCUUCGAACACUACGGCUUGGACUAUCCCUUUCGACAUCAUCGUCUCCUCCAUUCCGCGUUUGCAGCCUCGGUUCUAUUCGAUCUCGUCCAGCCCCAAACUGUACCCGAACUCCAUCCACGCUACUGUCGUCGUCUUGAAGUACAAGUCCGAUCGGGCUCAACGUGUCGACUCCCGCUGGAUUUAUGGUGUUGGUUCCAACUUCUUGCUCAACCUCAAAUACGCCUCGCACCACAAUAAGACGCCGCCUCUCGUCAGCGAUGAGUCCAACGAGGAGCCUUCCCUUGUGUCGCAUUACCCUACCUAUUCUAUUGAGGGUCCGCGCGGAGCAUACAAGCAGGACGAUAUUGUAAAGGUUCCCAUCCACGUCCGCCGCUCGACGUUCCGUCUGCCGACGAACCCGAAGAGCCCAGUCAUUAUGAUUGGUCCUGGCACGGGUGUUGCGCCAUUCCGCGGUUUCGUUCAGGAACGUGUUGCUAUGGCCCGGCGCACUAUCGAGAAGAACGGCCCUGAAGGUCUCGCAGAUUGGGGACCAAUCCGCCUCUACUUCGGCUGCCGCUACUCUAACCAAGACUUUUUGUAUAAGGAUGAGUGGCCGGAGUACGCCAAGGAGCUCCAUGGCAAGUUCGUCAUGCGCUGCGCAUUUUCCCGUGAGCCGCCGUACAAGCCCGACGGCGGCAAAAUCUACGUUCAAGACCUCAUAUGGGAGGAUGCCGAGCAAAUUGCGGAUGCGAUUCUCAACGGCAAGGGUUACGUCUACGUUUGCGGCGAUGCAAAGAGCAUGAGCAAGAGCGUCGAGGAGACCCUAUGCCGCAUCCUUGGAGAGGCUAAGGGUGGCUCGGCUGAAGUGGAAGGCGCAGCAGAGCUGAAGCUUCUCAAGGAGCGCAACCGCCUGCUGUUGGAUGUCUGGUCAUAAAUUGGACCACGUAUAUCGCAUGCAAUGGGAUUUGGCCACUCAUAGAUGAACUUAACCAGUUAUGACGUUGGUCUCUGGGCGUGUGUCACGUACUGUGUAGAUUUUAUAUGCAUCAAUACCUUACAAUAGAUUGUAGUUGUCUCUCCGACGAGCGUUCUGCU